AGCCAAAUCUAAUCAAUGGCGACAAAAUAGAGAAAUCCCCCAAGAACAAAAAACAAAAAAAAAAUUGUCCGAGAGAAAUUAGGAAAAAGAUAUAUAAAAAAUCUGCGUGUAAGGGAGAGAGAGCUUAUUGUGCUCGGAGAUUUUGAUUUUCUUUGUCCCUCCGAUAUCGAUUCUGAACAUCCACAUUGGUGCCGUAGAUCUGAGGAAUACACCCAACCACGGGUUUGAUUGUCACGAUUUUGCCAUCGCGAUUCGAUUUUGUUUUUUCGUUUGUUGUUGGAGGUCACGACGAGGAAGUGAUUCCAAUUCCAGAUCCAUACGGAUCUAAUCUCGCCGAGUCGAUUCCCUGGGUCGACGACAUUUGCUAACCAAAUCGUUCGCGUAGAUCUGAUCAAAGAGGCAUUGUAUUAUUAUCGCAUUUCAAAUUUUUCUAGAGAUGGAUCCAAUAUCUGCGGUUAGCGAAGAGCUGGCUGAGCUCGAAGGACAAAUCAAUGACAUUUUCCGUGCUUUGGCAAAUGGAUUCCAGAAGCUGGAGAAGAUCAAAGAUGCUAAUAGGCAAAGUAGGCAGCUGGAAGAACUCACUGACAAAAUGCGUGACUGUAAGAGCCUUAUUAAAGAUUUCGAUAGGGAAGUUAAAAGCUUGGAAGGCGGUAAUGAUGCCAACACUAACCGUAUGCUCAACGAUAGACGACAAUCUAUGGUCAAGGAACUGAACUCAUAUGUUGCUCUUAAGAAGAAAUAUUCAUCUAACUUAGCAAGCAAUAACAAGCGAGUAGAUCUUUUCGAUGGACCCGGAGAAGAACACAUGGAAGAAAAUGUCUUAUUAGCUUCAAACAUGUCCAAUCAAGAGCUUAUGGAUAAAGGAAACUCAAUGAUGGAUGACACAGAUCAAGCCAUUGAGAGGGGAAAAAAGAUUGUUCAAGAGACUAUAAAUGUGGGAACAGAUACUUCUGCAGCUCUUAAGGCUCAGACCGAGCAGAUGAGUAGAGUUGUCAAUGAGCUUGAUUCUAUUCAUUUCUCACUCAAGAAAGCCUCCAAGCUUGUCAAGGAAAUUGGUAGGCAGGUUGCAACUGACAAAUGUAUUAUGGCUUUUCUUUUCCUUAUCGUCAUUGGUGUCAUAGCAAUCAUUAUCGUCAAGAUUGUGAACCCAAACAACAAAGACAUCCGCGACAUACCGGGCUUAGCUCCACCAGCUAUGAACAGACGUUUGCUCUGGAACCAUUACUGAAGAAAAAAAAAUAUUUCACUCUCAGGCCAUUCAAAAUACUGGUAAAUUUUUGGUCACAUACACUUCUUGGUCCUCCCUCUAAGUCCAUGUUGUUGUAGAUGGAACGCCGUACCUGAGAAAUGAACCAGUUUCUAUUCACAUGGCUCUAUUGGCUGAUGCGGAUUUAAGCAGUCACAGGAAUCAAAUUCUAUUGCGUUAAAAUCCCAGAAAUCAAAACCAUCUUUGUUAGCUCAUGUGUUUUGUAUAAGCUUGACUCUUUGUGUUAUAUCAUAUAUUCAUAUGUACGUGUGUAUUUUUAAAACGUCGUCUCUGUUUCAUGCCCUGGCAAUAAAACUUGUUUCACUGAUUUAUGUUGCAAGUUGUAACUGAGUUGUAUGAUACUCCGUACUCGAUAUUAGUAUUAUGACGAACUUGACUCUCA